CUUCACAACCACCUUUACACAUCGCCUUCUCCCUUGAACAAGCUUGCUGCCUGCCUGCCUGCUCGCCCAUUUAUUGCUAUUCAACGCACGUCCUCGUCUCUGUAAGCGCUCGCGCCAGCAUCCUACGUGGUAGGCCCCUGGGCUGGGCAAUCAAGCGUCGUCGUGCACACACGAGCCAGCAUGCUCUCUCAACCUCGCAACCCUACCAGCAAGCUGGGCAAUCCAUUCGCAGCUUCGGGUAGCGGUGCUGCUAAUGCAUCAUCGAUCCCGAGCGCUACAAGCGGACGUGUGGACCCUUCUUCAAAGGGCGCAGCUAGCAGCGGAGAGGCUUCAUCGACCGCAAGUCCCGUGCGAAAAGAUGCGGCGAAUGGCAUUCAUCCCAUACUUGGGGCAUCAAUGGCAUCACACGUCGCCAAGAAGGAGCCCGGGACAAAGAAGCUUGCAGAUCCCGCCCUCACGCCCGCUCAUGCAGCCGCAGCGAUGCAUGCAGAUGAUGACAACGAUGACGCCAUGUCGACCAUUUCGAAGCACACGCUCAAGACCUUGCCGGGCAGGCGAGACAAUGCUGGAGACAGCGGCAGCGCUUUCAGCUUACCAGGAACGCCACUGGGAGAGGGCCAAGACGAUAACGAGAGGCUCGCUCGCGAUGCUGAAUCGGCGGCUGCGGAUGCGCUCAAUAAUGCUGAGCUUGCUCGGCAAAGAAGAAAGACGCUGCUGGAAGCAGGCUACAAGCUUUUCCUCUUGUUCGUCGUGUGCGCUGGCAUACUCGCUGCCACGCUAUACUUUGUGCUGCCAGAAAUCGACGAUAACGACAGACAAUACUUGCGCAUACCACGAUCCUUUGAGCAGCUCAAAGAUCUCAAUAGCGUCCUGCAGCGGUACAAAGAUCGCAAUUUUGCACGGGUUAUGAUCUGUUGGGUCGUGCUUUACAUGUUUCUACAAGCAUUCAGCAUCCCUGGGUCCAUGUACAUGUCGAUCCUGGCGGGCGCUAUGUGGGGCGUCGCUCUGGCAUUGCCCAUCGUCUGCGCGAGCGUCGCUACUGGGGCUACGAUCUGCUACUUGAUAUCCGCCUUUAUGGGAGAAGCUGUACUGGGAGCGCUCCCAAAAUGGAAAGCCAGAGUAGAUGCGUGGAAGGACAAGAUUCAAGCGCAGGACAAUCUUCUCUCUUACCUCAUCGUCAUUCGCAUGAUGCCUUUGCCGCCGCACAACGUGGUCAACCUCUUGGCUCCUCACCUCGGCAUCCAAGUGCCCCUCUUUUGGCUGAGCACCUUUUUCGGCAUCUUUGCCGUCAGCGUAAUUCACACCACAAUUGGCGAAAAGCUGGAUCAAAUGACCAGCUCGGCAGAUUUCAACCUCAUCAGCGUCAGGAAUGCGGUCCUCAUGUGCAUCGUCAUCGCAGCCGCUUUGACGCCAAUACUGGUCAAAAGGUACACUAGAGCUGGAGCUGCGCCUCUCGAAGAAGCGCCGGUGACACAAGGUCAGGUCAGACUUGAAGGCGAAGAGGGCGUCAGAGUCCAUCCUGGUAUCGCUAAUGGAUCCAACGGCAGAAAUCGGGGCUUGCUGGGACGCACCGCCCUGGGUCGUUUCGACGCGGGACAAGAUUCGGAUGAAUUGGAUUCAGAUGGCGAGGACGACGAGCUGCCCAGGGUAAGCCUCCGCGAUGCUGUCCAGGGUCGUUCCUACCCGUCCAGACGCAACGCCAGAGCAGCAGCGGAGUCCAACGAAGCUCCCUGGCGAACGACGGAGAGAGAUGUGGAUGAUGGCGCAUACGCUUCGGAAGAUGAGAACCGCUUUUCAAGGAAUAGCAGCGGCGCUGCGUCACCCGCGCCAAGCUCAAUUGACGAGCGAGCCACCAUGUUCGAUGAUCGAUUGGAAGAAGGACGUCUAAGUGGGCAUGCGCACAAUCAGUCUCCAAACGCACUCCCUAGACCUGCAGGCAAGGCUGCUAAGUUGCUAGGCUACCCUUCCAACCCUCAAACACCGGCCUCCGGAACAGCAGAAUACGGAGCCACAUCGCAGGGUAUCGGUCAGCAAGCCAGAGAUCUUUGGGGGAAGGUGACCGGUGGCAAUGGUCGUUGAUGUGACAUCGUCUCUGUCACGAUCAGCAGGCAUGUCUCCCGUCUCCCCAACCUUGAUCCUUCAGCACAUUUGCAAAUGGCCUCCAUCGACUGUGUGACCCUCUUCAUCCGAUGAAUUAUGUAGGAUAGCCAGAGAUGUGAAUGCAACACCGCUUCCUAAAUGGCCUCCAUCGACUGUGUGACCCUCUUCAUCCGAUCAAUUAUGUAGGAUAGCCAGAGAUGUGAAUGCAACACCGCUUCCUAGUGGAAUGC